UUCUACUUGGUCUGUUGCUAUGAAAACCUUAGCCCACCUAAUCAAAUAUCGUUGUUUUUUUGGGACGAUAUCGUGUGUAAACCUCCUUGUGACACAGGCAUAUAUAACAUGUAGAGGAAUUGUCUAUAACAGUCCUUGCCAUUUCACUGGCUUGCGUGCAUAUGUUUUUCUGCUCGUUUUUUCGAAAUAGAUCAGAUUCCGCAAAGCCAUGCUUUUAUAUUCAAAGACCUUGGUCAAAUCUAUGUACUACUGUUUUGCAAUGGUAACUCUAUUUUUAAUGCUUCUCAUUCUAUUUGGGUUUGUAGAGUUACCCAUUUCAUCGUAUGCUUUAGAACCCACAAAAACCCAUGGAGACUAUGAUGAAUCUGCUUCAUUUCUCGAAGAACCGUUUACUGAGUUAUCCAGUGCGUUCAGAAAAUGGGAUGGCCAAGUGGGCUGCAAGAAUUAUAGAGAAAAAGUGAUGAGAUUUUUGCCAACAAAUAACAACACCAGUUUGCAAGAUCCUGAUGGGAUCCCCUGCAAUGCCUUGAAGAUGAAGCAUGUCUCUAUUCUGGUUGAAGGCUGGACUUGGAUUCCAGACGGUUUGGACAAUCUAUAUCCUUGCAGAUGCGGGCUUAGCUGUCUCUGGACCAAAUCUAAGGUUCUUGCAGAUCAGCCAGAGGCCAGGCUUUUUGAGACCACUACUCCUCCUCCCACGAGGCAUAAAGGAGAACCAUUGAGAGUGUACAUGGACCUCGAGGCUGGAAGGAGAUCUACCUCUUCGGCAGAUGUUUUUGUUAGUUAUCAUGCUGGAGAUGAUAUACAGGCAACAUAUGCAGGUGCUCUUUUUCAUAAUAGUCGUAACUAUUAUGUGUCUCCUUCAAAGAAUAACGAUACACUGGUAUAUUGGUCUUCCUCAAGAUGUUUGAAAGACAGGAAUCAACUUGCAGGAAAAUUACUUUCAUUGCUUUCUCACCAUUCAUUUGGGAAAUGCCUAAACAACGUUGGUGGACGAGAUAUGGCAUUGAAAAUGUAUCCAGAAUGUCGAUCAAGUGGUAGUGGAAGUCAUAGUUGGUCUGAUCAUCUUCACUGUGCGAUGUCACAUUACAAAUUUGUCUUAGCUAUUGAGAACACUAUGACUGAAAGCUAUGUCACAGAGAAAUUGUUCUAUGCUUUGGAUGUGGGUGCGGUGCCUAUUUAUUUUGGUGCUCCAAAUGUUCUGGAUUUUGUCCCUCCAAAAUCUAUUAUUGAUGGGUCCAAAUUUAGUUCCUUAGAAAGUCUGGCUUCAUAUGUAAAACGGGUUGCAAAUGAUCCUGUGGCUUAUGCUGAAUAUCAUGCCUGGCGUCGUUGUGGUGUUCUAGGGAACUAUCACAGGACUCGGGCAGUCAGCCUUGAUUCUUUUCCUUGUCGAUUAUGUGGCUUAAUAAGCAAACUUGGAGGAAAAUAUGCAAAUAGUUGAAAGAUUUUUGUCUCGCAUCAUCAUAUAAAUCAUGCAUUUCUUUCAUA